CCGAUCUCUUCCCCCUGACGGCACACACACACGCGCUCGCUCGCUAUCGGACCGUAUCCAUGGAGACCCCGGACCUCUUCUACGACAGCUCCUGCAUGUCCUCCCCGGAGGGACGGUACGGCGAGGGCGAGGGCGAGGCUGCGGGCGAGGCGGCGGGCAUGGUGGAGCGCGAGGGCGAGGACGGGCACGUGCGGGCGUCGGCCGGCCGCUGCCUGGCGUGGGCCUGCAAGGCCUGCAAGCGGCGGUCGAGCGUGGCGGACCGGCGGCGGGCGGCCACGGUGCGCGAGCGGCGGCGGCUGAAGAAGGUGAACCACGCCUUCGAGGCGCUGCGCCGCUGCAGCACCGCGCCCGGCGGCGGCCCCGCCCAGCGCCUGGCCAAGGUGGAGAUCCUGCGCAACGCCAUCCAGCACAUCGAGCAGCUGCAGGAGCUGCUGCUGCGGGAGCAGGUGCACGGCUACUACGGCCUGCCGGGGGGGGGCCGCUCCGAGCCCCCCAGCCCCACCUCCAACUGCUCCGACGACAUGGUUGGUUGCCGCAGUCCUGUUUGGUUGGAGAUGAGUUGUGGAAAAAUGAACGACUAUGAGAUGCACAGAGCGGGCUGCGAGGACGGGACUCCCACGGCGUCUAGUCUGGCGUGCUUGUCGGGCAUCGUGGAUCGUCUGUCCUCGGGAAACACAAACUGCCAAACGGGGAACUCGGCCGCCCUCUCGUCUUGCGGCUCCGACGGCCAGCCCGGCACCCCCGAGAACCCAAACAACAGACCGGUCUAUCACAUGCUGUGAGAGACUCCAUAUGCGCCGACCAAAAAAAAAAAAAAAAAACUUUUUAUAAUAUAUUUACUUCGCGCUACUAUUUUCUGUGGAUUCUUUCAAUCGAUGAUUUUAUUCCCACACAAGAGUGAACGUGAAUUUGGCACGUCCCCCACGACUGUAUUGUAAAUAAUAACGUGCAUAAGGGCUCAUUCCAACAUGUUGUAAUCGUCCCGUUUUUUUUGUGUCUGUUUCAUUCUCAAUGCAACGUAUUUAACUUAACUUUUUUAGUAAGUUCAAUAUAGCUGAUUUUUUUAGCAUCCAUUGUUAUAAAUGUGAAUAAACUGUAUUUAUGUUAA